GCGCAAUCUGCAUCGUCGUACUCAGCAAUCACCUUCGUUCCGAAAACAUYAAGUCGCUGCCGGUAGGUACUUGGUACAAUGCCUUACAGACACAKGAAUCCUUAAAGCAGCACAAUCAAAUCAGAACACAGCCUUGAAUAUUUUUGUCCGUACAGCACCAAAAUCAUGACGCCCACUCUCAAUGAAUCGGCUCGGACCGCUAUUGCCGAAGCGAGACAGGAACAGGAGGAGUCGGACCUUCCCGAGGUCACCGACCCCCACUCUAACAACAACUCGGCAAAUCAGCGUUCCAUAUCGACAGCCCGGAAGUUUCUUGCGACUGCAUCACCCACAUUUCUCGCCUCCGAGUGGUCGUCGGACGACGACCGGCUCGUGAAGGUGGGGCGGAGCCUGGAGGACCUUGUGGCCUCAGCCGACAAGAACGACGAAAAGGGGGAAGACAUCCUGACCCACGCCUUGCGGAAUGUAAUCGAUCAGAGCAAUAUCCUCGCCGACAUGGGCGAAUUCAAGGUGCCCAAAGUAAGAUUUGGAAAAACCGGGAUCGAUAUGCCCGUCCUAACUCUAGGGUGCAUGMGAUUUCAGCACACRUGGGACGGGACCUUUGAGACCUUCGACAAGGUCAACAAAGAGGGGCAGGAAAACCUKACGGAGACCAUCUACCACGCCAUCAAGAACCUGGGCAUCAACCACAUCGAAACCGCUCGGGGCUAUGGGAGYAGUGAGCUUCAGAUCGGACACGCCCUCAAGACAAUUUUUGCGCGGGGSAUCAAACGAGAAGACCUGUUAAUCCAAACCAAGGUAAACUGCAUGCCAUCGAAGGACUUUCGUGCCACGCUAGAGAAAAGUUUCAAGACGCUUGGGGUUGACUACAUCGAUUUGUUCUCUUUCCACGGUGUCAACAUGCCCUACGCCUACGAACAAAUGUUCAACUACAAAGACAACGAAAACCUUAUGGACAUCGCCCUGGAGUACAAAKCSAAGGGUAAAAUCAGACACAUUGGAUUCAGCACCCACGGCCAACCAGAACUCACCAAGCGUUGCAUCGAGACGGACAAAUUUGAGUACGUCAACCUCCACUACCACGCUUUUGGAAGCUACACUGCMAGUGGUGGAGGAAACUGCGGUGGCAACCUKGACAACGUCCGUCUUAUGAARGAGAAGGACAUGGGGGUGUUUAUCAUCAGCCCCUACGACAAGGGGGGUAGACUCUAUGCACCCUCAAGAAAACUCCGCUCCUUAACCCUACCGGACCUCGAACCUAUCCAGUAUGGACCGCUGUGGUGCAUGAGCCACGAGCACAUCGACGCCGAACACGCUCCAAUCCACACGAUGACGAUUGGUGCGGCCCGUCCCAGCGAUCUCGACGAACCCUUCGUGACUGCGUACCUGUUUGCGAAGCGAAGAGACGAAAUGGUGGCAAAAGUCGAGAACGUGGCGAAGAGAUUGCGCGCUGCCGAGGUCGAGGCCCUCGGUGAGGAUUGGGUACAAAACUGGCACAAAGGCCUCCGGAACUGCUUGACGAUGGACGAUGCCUAUGAAUUCGGACAGAUCGUGUGGUGCUACAACCUCAUCAAAGCCUUUGGAAUGCUUGAUUACGCGAAAGACCGAUACGCAAUGUUCGACAAGAACUACAAGAGCUGGGACUUUGAGCUGUCUACCAAGGAAAACAUCAAGAAACUUUGGAUUCCUUGGGGCUACUGUCCCGGCCUUGCGACCCCAGGGGAUGGUAAAGUCGAUUAUGCGACUCUGCUCCCCGAUGUUCCGGAAGAACGGAAAGCGAGGGUGCUUGAUGCCAUCAGUUUUGUUUAUUCAUACUGCUCRAAGGAUAGCGCAACUGCAAAAGAGCUCACGGUUCCAGAGGAAUGGGAGUGUGCAUACGACAUGCGUCCCUGGACAGCAUUUCCCGAACGGGGYUAAACUAAGAAUCUCUUUCGACAAACGGAUKUUUAACACGCUUUCAAUGCAAGUCAGAAGUACUCYUUUCAAGCACAUGAAAUCGUACUAAAGUAAAGUAUCUGGGGUGAU